CUUUAUUCUUGAAUUUUAUUUUUGUUCAAAAAAUAAAAAAAUAAAAGGGAGAAGAUUGAGUCAAGGCAAUUGGAUAACGAAUUCAACACACGAUGGUUAUUAUUCGACCGGACUCACCACCAUUGAAAAUCAAGAGCAGAGUUACCACCGACUGGGACAUCAAUGAUACAAUUGUACCACGAAUAUCUGACACGGAAUUCGAUGAAUUCUGUGAAUGGGCCGAUGGUCACUGUCGUCUUGUGUAUCCCGUCAUAAUUGACGAUGCCAGGCGACAUUCUUCAGGCUGGGCGAUGCGCAACACCAAUAAUCACAAUGUCAACAUACUCAAGAAGAGCUGCCUUGGGGUCCUGCUCUGUUCAGCACGAUGUCGACUGCCCAAUGGUGAUCGCAUCCACCUCAGACCUGCCAUUUGUGACAAAGCCCGCAGGAAGCAGCAGGGAAAGCCCUGUCCUAAUCGUGCUUGCAACGGUCGCCUGGAGAUCCUUCCGUGUCGAGGACACUGCGGUUACCCAGUGACUCACUUUUGGCGCCACACCGAAUACGCAAUCUUCUUUCAGGCCAAAGGUGUUCACGACCACCCUAGGCCAGAGGCGAAAGGUUGCAGUGAGACAAGACGGAGUCUCGGAGUCGGCAGACGAAUUCGAGGACUUGCCUCAUUGUUGGCACAAGAAGCUGCCCUCAAUUCAAAGUUGUCGAAGAAGAAGUGCAACUACUGCCUGGAAUGCCCAUGUCAGUGUACACAGGUCAGUCAUAAUUCACUGCCCACAGCCCAUGUCCCCACCUCAGGUGCCCAUGUGCCAUUCUCCAAUCUCCCAAUGAGCAUCAAUGGCACCAUGGCUACUCAUGAGAACUACCACAACACCAUGGAACAGUCUCCGUACAUUAUCACCAAUUACUUUCCAUCGAGCAAUGAUCAGCAUCUCACCAAGUCCACCACACUCCUCGACAUGGAAAGUGGAACAAUCGCGGCUCUCGACAAUUGGCAGAAUGGUGAUGAUGCAAUUAGCCUCACGAGUAGCAAUGGCACGACAUCGACCACCUUCGAUGAUGCUAAUGUUACCACUUCAGCAUCGGUUAAUUUUACCCAGUACAGCGACUCCAACAUGUACUCCUACCCAAUUUACAAUGAUCGAAGUGCUGUUACAGCCAUCUCUCCAUCAGCCAGCAGCGAUAAUUGCAGCAUUAACUCCUUCUUCGAUCAAUACUCCUACACAAAUGGCGAUUUUGCGCCUCAAACUUACCAAAAUUGUGGAUAUGAGUAUCAGAAUGGCAAUGAAAAUUCCUAUCAAUACUACAAUUCAGCAGAGGUAUACGAGGGAAGCAAUUGGGAGGAAUCUGCCUAUCAAUACUACAAUAUCCCAGGGAAUCAGACGCAGCAGGAACCCUUCCCGUGCUACGAACAGUAG